AGAAGUAGAGAUGGAGCAUUCGUAGCAGAACGGGAAGAGGAGAAGACGAGCAGAGGGCAGAGAACAAUCAUGGAUUUUGCUCGUCUCACUGAGGCUUUGGCUUUCAAAUCUUACGAAAAGAUCGCUGAUAUUUGCGACGACCUAAUGCUCCAGGCUGCAGCCGAGGGCGUUGAUUAUCAGGAUGAAUGGCCUUACGUGAUCCAUUUUCUUGGCUACCUUUACGUCGAUGACAUCAAUAGUGCUCGAUUUUUCUGGAAAUCAAUACCUUCCACUAUAAAAGAAAACCGACCAGAACUGGUUGCCGUUUGGAAAAUUGCCCAAAAGCUAUGGAUUCAGGACCAUAGGGGCGUGUACGAGGCUAUUCAUGGAUUUGAUUGGUGUCAAGAAGUUCAGGGCAUAUUAGUUGCAUUUUCAGAUCUUUACAGAAGGAGAAUGUUUCAGUUGCUGGUGUCUGCAUAUUCUACAAUAAGCAUCCAUGAUGCAGCUCACUUCUUGGGAAUGAAUGGGGAAGAAGCCAAAAAUUAUGUAACAGGGCGAGGAUGGAUUGUUGAUGUUGCUUCUGAAAUGUUGACUGUGAAGAAACAAGAAAUUGGGAGAGAGCAGAAGUUAGAUUCCAGUAAAUUGCAGCGCUUGACCGAAUAUGUUUUCCAUCUUGAACAUUGAGGACCCAUAAAUGCUUUAGUUGUUCUUAGUUCGUUGUGUCCUUUAGAACUAGAGCCAUGCUUUGGUGGAUAUCUAUCUUAAUUCCCCCCAACUCUGAACUGCUUGUUGCUAUAUUGUUCUUGUGGGGGAAACUUUCAAAUUAGUUUUGGAUAGAAUUAAACCCUUAGCUGUCUCUUUGAUUUUGACAUUGAUUCUACUCAUUUGAAAGAUGUUCCUUUGGCGGUUUUUGUCU